UGCAAGGUCUGUGACUUCACUCAUUGUAUGUUUGGUUGGUGUUUUUCGUCUGUUUGUCUCUUCUGUGAUUACCUAUCCUAUUCGAUUAGGAUUACGCGCACGAAAACUCUGGAUUUAACUACACUUUUUCUACUUUCUCUCUGCUCUGUGUUGUUAGUUUUAUAUUUUAUAGAAAAAACAUUUUACUGUUGUUCAUUUUAAUAAAAUAGCCGGGUAUUUAAGCAGUACUACAUUAAUUAACUUUCAACAUAAACCAUUUGUGAAGAAUGUGCUAGCGGCCUUUACUGUUAAGAAUUAACCAAAUGAAAAAUGGCACAAAGCUCACAUGGCGGAAGUCACCGGAGAAGUCGCGACCACGAGGGCGCCAUGCGGUACACCAAUACCGAUUGGGAAGCCAAAGAGGCGCUCUACCAGCGAGAGUUAGACGAGGCAAGAGCCCGCGCCUCCCAGAUGGAGAAGACCAUGCGCUGGUGGUCGGACUGCACAGCCAACUGGCGAGAGAAGUGGACCAAGGUACGUAACGAACGCAACAAAGCUAGAGACGAGGCGAAACAAUUGAAGAACAAAUUAGAUCUCAUCACUAAAGAGUUAUCAACAUUAAAAGCCGAAAAGAAUGACAUAGAACAACAGCUGAUCGAGGUAAAACAAGACAACGAGAAGCUACUAAGUAUAGGCGAGAGCAGGAUAGUCUCAGGCGACCUUACGACAGAGGAUGGUGUAGAAUUAAGAAGAAAGAAUGUAGGUUACGUAUCACCAAACGAACCGUCGAUACGGCAGCGGGCCUCGUUAGAUUCACACAAGUUUUCCAACGUCGAUAAUGUACUUGCCAACAAAUUGAGCGAGCUUCGGCUUAAAUUGGACGAGACUUGCAAGAAUUUGCAAAGCGAGAAAGAUCAGAAGGCAUUCCUGUUGACGAAAGUGGAAGCGCUCACGACGGAGUUGCAUAGCACGAAAAUGGAGUUAACCCACAGUGACCGAACAUUGGGGUCGACGGAUUCUAGUCAUAGCGAGGUGGAGAGACUGCAGAACGAGUUGCAGGACGAGAUUGCCGCCAAACAAGUUCUCGAGGAGAAGAUAGCGGAACUCAAGAUGGAGGUUGAGAGGCUAAAAUCGGAGAAUAAUGUGCAGUGGAGCAAACGGGAGCUGCUGGAAACUGAGAAUGUAGCUAUAUUAAGAGAGAACAAAAAAUUAUACGGACAAGUCUGCGAAUUGAGGGAACAGAUACACAAGCUCAACAGAAUAUCUGACGGCAGCGCUUACGGGUUGCAGUACGUUAAUGACCACUCGAAAUUGGACUCUAAUAUAUUGUACGUAAGGAAGUCCAGCGUGAGUCCUAGAUCUCAGGAGUCGAGUAAUGGUUCCUCAGAGGCGAAUCUUGCACAAUUUGACGCGAAAACGAACACGUCCGCUGAAGAAGAUGAGUUAGCUAUAAUCGAAAGAAAUGAUAACUGUUAAAAUAUACUCACUAUUAUUUUUUUGUAGGUGAAUCACGAAUUUAAAUAUCAAGACGCUUAUACGAUUGACAAGAAGUUCAACUGUCUUUUUUUUUCUAUUUAAAAAUAAGGAAGAUAUUUUUUUCUUAAGCAAAUACUCCUUAGAUAUUUAACAAGUUGUGAAUUUACCAGUUGGCUGAGUAGACUGCUGUCUAUAAUGGCAGAUUUUAGGCGGGAAAAAUUCAGAAUUUUUUUUAUCAUGAAACUUCAAUUUGAUUUAUAAAGAAAUAUAAUUAAUAUGAUUGUGAGUAAAGGUGGGUUUUGAGUAAUUUACUUACGGCAAAUGUAUAAAUCUGUCACUGUAACGGUAAAAACAAUGCUUGCGGACGAAUUUCUUUGUUCGUCACAUAAUGAUCAUUUAAGACUAAUAGUUAUCAUUAUAGAUAGUUUAACAUUCUCAUGGUUGUUUACAUAGCAAUAUAAUAAGAUAUUUUAUAGAUCAAUUUUUUUUCAUAAUUACAUUAAAAUGGUUAAGUAACAUAGAAAUAUACAAUUUGUUUACUAUUCACCCGAAUUCUGACGAAUAAUACAUUCCUAAAUAAAACAGUAUUUAAAAAAAUCACAUUUCAAGUCAAAGAUUCGAAAUUUAAAAAAUAAUACCUAGAACUGAUGAAGGUAAAAGUCCUUAAAAUUAAAAAAAAAAUAUCUACAGAUAUGACUCCUAAAAUAUAAUAGGUGCUAUAAAAAAACGAAUGUUACUGUAUAAUCAUUAUAUAUAUAAGCAAAACCAUCGCGUGCUAACAUGUUAAAUCGAAGCUUAAGUUUUUAUACGACAUGAGAUACAGAGAAUCUGCUGCCAUAUACAAUCUUACUAACAUAAUAGAAUUGUAACUGGACGUCUGUACAUCGAAGACAUUACAGACAAAAAUAUAUAAGAUGUUUUAGUAGGAGGAAUAGGAGUUAAAACAAUAUUCUUUUUUUUAGAAAUUUUGUCUGUCUAUAUCUUUGUUCCGGCAUCGUGCAAAACUUACUGCACAAAAUUAAAUGUGAUCUUCACUGUUGCGUUACUGAAGGUUUAGCUUGAAAAUUGAUAUAUGUUUUAUAUUAAUACGUCAUUUAAAAGCGGUUCAUUGGUUGUCCUACAUCUGAGAAUCACACGUACGAAGUGGCGGGCAAAAAGCUACGAAUACGUACAUAAAAAUCGAUCGAUCAAAGUUAUAAACAUCGAAAAUGAUCCAGCAUACAUUCUACUCUUAGAUUAUAUAGAUAGUCUUCAUAGAAAUGCUUAGAGAAAAACAGGUCAACUUUUUCAUACAAUUUUGAGCGAUAAAUAGUUAUGAGUGAUACCUUUAUAACUUAUAUAUUUAUUUUAUCUUAUAAAUUCUAUAUCUUUUUAAAACGUAAAUAUUGAUUUUAUUAAUAAUACGCCAUUAUAAUUAUAUUUAAUAAUAUGUCAAGAUACAUUUUAUGCGUAAAUAUAUGGAAUACUGCUAGAAAAAAACAAGUCAACUAUAUAUAUAUAUAUAUAUAUAUAUAUGGAUGACUGAUCUGUUAUUUAUUAUUCUACCCGCUUAUCAUUAAAGAAAUUUGUUUAGUUACUAAACACUAUGUAAAACUUAUCACAAUUGUAGAUUAAAUAAUUACUGCGCAGUAUAAUUUUAUGUAGGACUAGCGACCCGCCCCGGCUUUGCACGGGUUCACAUUACAUCACAUUAGAAACCUGUAAAAUUAUCAGUGUUUCUCUACUAUAUUAUGCAUGUAUUAUACAUAUAAACUUUCCUCUUAAAUCAUUCUAUCUAUUAAAAAAACUGCAUCAAAAUUCUUUGCGUAAAGAUCUAAGCAUAAAUAGGGACAAACAGACGGGAAGCGUUUUAGACUUUGUUUUAUACUAUGUAGUGAUGUAAUGUACAAAUUCUUCGUAUUGUAAUUCUGUGUAUUUGAGUAAGGAGAUUCGUAGACCCUCAAGCAGCUUGAAUCAAGCAUGUAUUCAUAAUCACGUAAAGCGUACUUUAUUUCUUUCUUCUUGGGCCCAGAAUCUUUUUUUUUUAUUCUAAAUCUUACGAUAAUGGCAGAUUUUUUUAUUUAUAAUAGUAAAGUAGCGAUCCAACGUUUGCGUUAAGCUUAUAAUGGUUGAUUGAAACAUCGAGUAUUAACUGCUGAUUCGAGUUACUUGAAUAUCUACAAACUACUUAACCCUUAAAAGCCUGAUUUUUUAAAUCAAAUAAAAAAAUAUAUAAGUGUAUCCCUUACUGUGUUUACUAAUUGGGAAAAAUAGUAAAAAAAAAAAUCGAAAAGAUAUUUUUAUAUAUUUAUUUUGAAAAAUACAUUUAGUAUCAUUUUUGAUACUUUAGGCAUUACGGUAAUUAAAAUAUUUAAAUUUAUUUAACAAUGAAACAAUGCAAACCCCGGCAUCAAAUUUGAAACUUCAGGCGUUUAAUGGUUAAGGAAUAUGAAUGUUAGUGUUUGUUGAAGAUUGUGAUAGUCUAGUUUUACAAAUUAGGGAUCCUUAGUCAAGUACGAUGCGAUGUUAGCGAAGUCUAAUAGCUCAAUUACAUAUUUAAUACAUUAUAUUAACUAUUAUAAGUAUACUGAGAGCUACCUGCAAUGCCGCUGGUGUUGUGGGUGAUCAUGGGCGACGGUAGUCGCUUACCAUCAGGUGAGCCGCAUGCUCGUUUGCCCCCUGUGUUGUAAAAAAAAAUUUACGUCCUCAAAUAUGUUAGUCAUUAUGACAGUCUAGUUGAUGAAACUAUCUCAUUUCUUAUUCAUCGUCAUAUCAGCCGUUAAUUAACCACUGAGAAACAUAGGCCAAAUACAGAUGUGGCGUUCUGUUUGUUUUUAUGAGGAAAAGAGGAAAAGUCAGUAGCGGUCUGGUUUGUGGAGUAUUAUAUUCUUUGGUCGAAACCGUGUAAACAUUUUUACUUACACAUUUUUUAUUCUUUGAAAUUUGAAAGAGCGUGCAAUAAUAUCUUAGACCUUUCAGAAUAUCGUUGUUUUUCAACAUAAAUGGUCGUUAAAAAGUUAAUUGAAAUGAAAUAUAAUAAUUAGAUUCUUGCACGAUUCGAUCUAGACGAAUGCACAAGUCUGUACCUAAUUUACUUAUGAUCGUUUAUGUCGUUCUUUAUUUGUAUCAAUUCGUUAUUUUCUGUUAAGAACGAGAUAUAAUAGUGAAUAUAAUAAUAUUUCUGAUAAUAUUGAUAUCCAACUGGAGCCAAGGUGCAUUUUCAUUAUGAAAGUAAUUUAUUGCAUCUAUAUAGGGCCUAUAUAGGCAAUACGCACGUGUCACCCCUAGUGUUGCAAGUCUACAGCUACAGCAUAGGCUACAGUGACCGUCUAUCAUCAGACGGGCUGUAUGCUUGUUUAUUAUACUGGGACACAAAAUAGUUGCAUCCCAUACAAAAAAAAUGCAGGUACUAUAUUUAAUCUUUUCAAUUGUAAAGACAUUUUAUUUAUUUAUUUUUAACUAUAACAUUUAAGUCGAUUGGUACACACGUGUGACUGUAACUACUAAUGAACUGUCACUUUUCUCAUAUUGGGUUUGCUGGAAGAAAUCUCUAUUGGAGAUAAGCUCGCCCUUGUGCACUAUUAUGUUUGUUUUUACAUUUCAAUAACCUUUUGUGUACAAUAAAGAAUAACAAUAAUAAUCUAUGUUGCAAUCAGUAAUAUAAUAUGUACUGGUUUGAACUGGAAUAAAUAAACAAAAAAGCGCAGCGUACAAUAGAAAUACAGUUAUCUAAUUAUCCGUUAAAUUAUCUUCCACAUUGUUAAAAACUUUAAUUACAUCAAAACAUGGAUUCAAAUAUAAGAAGAAUAUUCACAACAAUAAGAGUAAUAAAUAUUAAAUAUGGGCUCAAAGAAAACAUUCAAAGCCAUAUAGCUAUCUUAAAAAAAAACAGCAUACACACAUACAAGUUUCAUGCUAGUCACUUGUAUGGAAGUCAUUUUGUAUCUAUCUAUACUGAACUAUUCGAAUGUGAUUGUUUAUUGCAUUUUGCAAACAUAUUAUUUUUU